AGAAAAGCGCAUGCAGCCCCCACUCCCCCUUCAAAUCAGUCCGACGUGCGGAAGAGAGGGAGAGAGAGCAGCGUCGGAGGCCUCGUAAAGGGCCCUCACGCACACGGCGAACAGAGCUCGGGUGAGAAACACACAGCAUGGCGAUAUAAAGCAGACUUACCUCGUCAUUCUUGACGUGUAUGUGUGCCAGAUCAGUAGCCAGAGAGCGUUGGAGGUGAGAGGACAGUCAGCCUCUCGAGUAGCCAGAGCAGCGUCAGAGGUGAGAGGACAUUCAGUUUGUGGUGUAUCACCCAGGUAUUACCUGUGAUCGUUACGGUAUUACUCUUUUCUGGUGGCGUAGGUUUCGUACGGACGUUCGGUCGGUCACUGCCCAAGGUGCGAGACGGUGUGUUUCAUAUGAGACAGACGUUCCAAGACGAACAUGUAGAAGAGAACACAGACAACACCAUGACAAACAUGUACGAAAACACGUAAGGACACGCAACAGAAACCAUCGAUUGUCAACAGGCCAAGACACCGAGGCGUCUGGACAUGCACAUCGUAUCAAAUCACACGCAAAAAGGUGAGAACAGUCCUGGCGAUCAAUAGAGAGACACAUACAGCACUGGCACGGAUGCAGACAGAGCAUGAGCAUUGCAACACGACAGAACGACAAGCAGGACAGCUAAUAGUAAGCCAAUAAAUAUACACAUGCACUGCACACAUAUACACAAAAAAAGGACGGUGAGGCUUACUAAAACGGGCAGACCUCUGAGUCGAACACAGCGAGGACUUGAUGAGCGGGCAGUCUCUCUAUCAGGGCCUCGACAUUUGAUCCUGACACCUUCCUCGGCCCACACACAAACGCCACAUACACACACACACACACACACACACAUCCACCCAAACCUCCCACACAGCGACGCCUCUCUCUCUCUCUUCUGUGUGCAGAGUUCAGCGACGCCAUCGAUGCAAACGACAAGGACGCCGUCCAACUGUGGGCUGCUCUCGCCAAGGCCGAUGGCCAGUCGGUUCUGGGCAAGCUCCUCAAGAGCGUGGCCCCCAACAAACUCGACAUCAAGAAGGCCAAGGACAUCAAGAAGAAGAUGGACAAGAAGUGAUUCCACACACACACACACACACACAUAUCUCCUCAUCGGUCAUUUUGUGUUGACGCCCUGGCUUGCCAUCGUUUUAGUCUGCACCUCCCGGCCGAACCACACCUGCUCUGCCUCUUCAUGCUUGCUCGUGCUGCGCUGCGCUGCGCUGUGCCGUGCUGUGCUCUGCUGUGCUGUGCUGUCUGCUCGUCCUCGUGCCUGCUUCAUGCUGCGUAUUGGUCACCCUACACCACACACACACAGACACACAGACACACAGAAUUGCAUGAUCUGUGAUGUGCCGUGCCUUCUCUUUAAUCAAGCCACUCACUCACCUUCAUGCUGUUCCAUGAUGGGAUGCUUCAUGUAUGGACACACCUCCCCAUUCUCCUUCAACAGCGCUGUCACCUG